CAACUGCCAGCUAAUUAGUAUUUAAGUUACGCCCAUGAGUUAAGCCCUGACGUCAUAUAAUCUCACUCUACAUAUCGUCCUUGAUUUGCAUAUAACAUACCAAAUUCACUCCAAACACAAACACAGACACAAACACAAACACAAACACAAGCAUUCUAUGCAACAAAUGAUGACCUCAGAGCUUGUUUUCAUCCCGUCCCCGGGAGCUGGCCACCUUCCACCAACGGUGGAGCUCGCAAAACUUCUCCUCCACCGAGACGAACGACUUUCCGUCACCAUCAUCAUCAUGAACCUCCCCUUCGGACCAAAACACAACACCCAAACUCCUUCGUGUACUCCCCGUCUCCGCUUCAUCGACCUCCCCUGCGGCGACUCCACCAUGGCUCUCAUCACACCCAAAACAUUCUUGUCUGCCUUCGUGGAACACCACAAAUCUAACGUUAGAGACAUUGUCCGAGGCAUAACUGAGUCUAACUCGGCUCAACUUGCUGGAUUCGUGGUUGACAUGUUUUGCAUAGCCAUGACGGAUGUUGCAAAUGAGUUUGGAGCUCCAACUUACACUUAUUUUACCUCAGGUGCAGCCACACUUGGCCUUAUGUUUUACCUUCAGGCCAAACGUGACCAAGAGGCUGAUGAUGUAACUGAGUUGAAAAACUCAGUUACAUCAGAGUUGAACGCACCGGGUUUUAUAAACCCGGUGCCUGCUAAUGUCUUACCCGAAGUAGUAUUAGACAAAGAAGGUGGGUCCAAAAUGUUUCUUGACCUUGCGAAAAGGUUCCGCGAGACAAGUGGUAUUAUAGUAAAUACAUUACAAGAUCUUGAAAGCCAAGCACUCAAGUACCUUCUAUGCAGUAGUAAUGAGAUCCCACCUGUGUUUGCGGUGGGGCCGAUAUUGAACCUAGAGAGCAAGAACUUAGACAACGGUAAAACGGACGAGAUUAUGAGGUGGCUUAACAAGCAGCCGGAGAGCUCGGUGGUGUUUUUAUGCUUCGGAAGCAUGGGAAGCUUCAACGAGAAACAAGUGAAGGAGAUUGCGGUUGCCAUUGAACAGAGUGGACAGAGGUUUCUAUGGUCACUCCGUCGUCCGCCACCCAAAGAAAAGUUCGAGUAUCCGAAAGAAUAUGACAACUUCGAAGAAGUUCUUCCAGAGGGAUUCCUUGCGCGCACAUCGAGUCUGGGGAAGGUGAUCGGGUGGGCUCCACAGAUGGCGGUGUUGUCCCACCCGUCAGUGGGUGGGUUCGUGUCGCACUGUGGAUGGAACUCUACGUUGGAAAGUAUAUGGUGCGGGGUUCCGGUGGCAGCCUGGCCACUAUACGCAGAACAACAGCUGAACGCUUUUCAGCUGGUGGUGGAACUGGGAUUGGCAGUGGAGAUUAGGAUGGAUUACCGGACGGAUACGAGAGCAGGCGGUGGCGGCAGCGGGAUGAUUGUUUUGGCGGAGGAGAUUGAAGAUGGGAUUAGGAAGUUGAUGAGUGAUGAUGAGAUGAGAAAGAAGGUGAAAGACAUGAAAGAAAAGAGCAGGGCUGCAGUUCUUGAGGGUGGAUCUUCUCAUGCAUCUGUUGGAAAGUUCAUCGAUCUUGUAGUGAAUGUAACGAUUUAAAACCACUGUAUGGCUUUUUUGUUUUUAUUUUAGUCAGUUUUUUCCCCAUGAAUAAUAAGAUCAUUUUAUUCUAGUUUGUUUAGAGAUUAACUAUUA